CCUAACAAUCCAUCUCUUCCCCAUGCCUCCGCCUCUACGUCCUGCUUUUGGCACAGGUGGCCAGACCUCUGGCAAACAGGCCAACGCCAACACUAGAGCAAAUUCGGGGCGUUCCCUCUCCUAUGAAGAGCCUCAAGAGGGUGUCUGCGAUGCCGCGAAUCAAGUCAACCAUUAUGAGGAAGAAGGACAAGAAGAAGAAGGGAGCGACAUCAAAGGCGGGAACGAGGACGAGGAAGACACUGACGUUUUCUCCCAAGCCCGCUUGAGCGAGGCGGAGUCGUUCUCGAAGAGGCAAGGGCUGGCUAUGAGUAUCGUGCUGGAGGAAGAGGAGGAAGAGUAGGAGCUCGAGGUGGGUAGUGC